AUGGGUAUUAAUGAAUUAUGGGAUGUGUUGCGUCCCGCAUUCGAUGAAAGAGUGACAAUAGAGAAGUUCACAGUAGUAUUUGUGGAGAAAUAUGGAAGGACGCCAAGAUUAGCUAUUGAUGCUUCCCACUUUAUGUUCAGUAAUAGCAACGUUCAUGAACUUGAUAGGACAACAUCUAUAGUAAGAAACUUUAUGGCAAAGAUCUUCAAAUUGAUUUCAUUAAACUUAUCUGUGAUCGUGGUCUUUGAUGGAUUCUUUAAACCCAAUAAAUUGCGAAAUGGUACAUCGAACGAGUUAAUUCAAAGUUAUGAAGAUGAAUUAUUGAGAUUUGAAUCAGCAACCCCAGAAGAAUAUGAGGAUUGUUCAUUUCUAGAAGUUCCUUUGAUAAAAGAGCUACUUGUCAAGAACCGUAUUGAUUAUUUACAAGCUGCAGGAGAAGCUGAAGCCCAAUGUGCCCAACUUCAAAUGUUUGGUAUUGUUGAUUUCAUCAUAACUAAUGAUUCAGACGCGUUCGUAUUUGGAUGUACGAAGGUACUUCGUAAUUUCAAUAAAGUGAAGGAAGAUUUGUUGUUUUCACCUAAAAAGAAUCCAGUGGCGAAUAGUAAAGAUUAUUAUGUGACUCCAGUAAGAAUGUCUGAAAUUGAAGAGAGAAUGGGUCUUACUUGGGAAAGGUUUAUCCUCAUUGCUAGUUUACGCGGAGGUGAUUACUCAAAAGGUUUACAAAGAAUUGGUAUCACCCAUGCAUUGAAUUUGGCUCUAUGCGAUACUAAGUUUAGAGAAUCAAAUAUUCGUCUGCCUUCGAAAGCUGCAAGGAAGCUUGAAGAAGAAUCAAUGCCGAACCUCUCGAAGUUAUUUCUUGAAUCAUUUGUGAAGCAUAACUUAUCAGGUAAGUUUGGAAAAUAUAGUCUAAUCGCGGAUCCAGAUAUCAGGCGGGAAAAGCUUAGACAGUUUCUAAUUCUACUAAAUGAAACCAUUCGAAAAUCUUCACGGUAUAUCUUUGGAAGAUUGCUCACAUUUACUACUGAUUUUGAUAUCGAUGAAUAUUACACAAUGUUAUAUCUUGCGCCAAUUGUGGAGAAAAGGAUUUACAAGUUUAUUCCGCAGUCAUUAGGCUUUGGAGAGUUAAAUUCAAUUGAUAAUGAUUUAUCAUUUUCAAAUAUAAAUAUUUAUGAAGGAGAACACAGAACUCUAUGGAGAGUUAAUAGUACUUUGACAGGCAAGCUUGAGGUAAUUGGUAUCCUGAAUAUACUGAACAAAGCUUUUCCGGGAAGCGAUUUACGAGUAUUCAACCAGAGCUUCGAGCCAAAGGGGGACAUAAUUCUGAAUACGGCAGAGUAUUUUAUUCCAACUGAAUUUACAUCUAAUCCUAAAUUAUUAAUUCUCAAACUAGCCACAAGGUACAAGAUUUUUGAUGACUUGUUGAUGAUAGAUAGAGGUAAAUUUGAUGACGAUCUUGGCGAAUUAUUGAGAGUCAAAUACGACGAGAGCAAGCUAUCUGAUUUUAUAUCUUCUUCCUCCAGCAGCUUAGAAGUAGAGAGUGACAGUAAAUCUAUGAGCCUGGUGUGGCUUUUGAAGAUACUACUUCAACUCGUCAGCAAACUGUCUGUUGAAGAGUUUCUUUUGAAAGAGAAAGAAAACCAAGAGAAGAAAGCAAAGAAAUCACCAAAAAAGUUAAAGGAGCAAAAAUCUAAAAUAGAUCUUUAUUUUCAAAAAGUUCCCAAACUUCAAGGUAGCGAGAGUAAUUUAACACAGAUUUCAAAUAGUUCAAGUAGUUCAGACAAAUCGUUUAGAGUUCCCUCCCCAAAAGCAAGCGAUACCGAAGAUGAUCCGUUUACCGACCAUAAAUCUCCACCAAAGACUCAAUUCUUGUUAUCCACAAUUAUCAAAAACAAACCAAAUUUGCUGUUACCAGCAACUAGUUCUAAACGGCGACCAGAAACUGAGCAUACCAGCUCAAGUCCAACCAAAAAGUCUAACGUAUCUAAUGGUCAGAUUCAGGUUGAUAAGAAAAGUCCAAUGCCAGAAAGUUUUGAGAAUCUUUCUCUAGUGGAAAUAGAAGACGAUUCUACCAUCAUAGAGAUAACAGAAGCUGAGUUUAAAAGUGACAGAAAGGCUAUCAACGAUUAUGUAUUAUUAGACUAG